AUGGACAGUGACGCCACCACAAGAUUUGUGCCAGAAUACAGAAGAACCAACUUUAAGAAUAAGGGUCGCUUCCAGGCGGAUGAGUUGAGAAGACGCCGCGAGACCCAGCAGGUGGAGUUGAGAAAGGCAAAGCGCGACGAGACAUUAGCCAAGAGAAGAAAUCUUGUUGACUUUGCGGACGACUCCGAGGAUGAAUCGGACGCCGGUGGUGAGGAGACCAGCUUCUACCAGCAGUUGCAGAGCGAGUUGCCACGCAUGAUGGAGCAAAUUAACUCCGACGUCUUCGACAGCCAGUUAGAGGCAACCGUCAAGUUCAGACAGAUCCUCUCCCGUGAACACAAUCCGCCGAUUGACUUGGUCAUCGCCAGCGGCGUCGUUCCAAGAUUGGUAUACUUCAUGGAAAACCAGCCGGAGAUGUUGCAGUUGGAGGCAGCUUGGGCGUUGACGAACAUCGCUUCCGGUAACUCUGACCAGACAAAGACAGUCGUUGAGUCCGGGGCUGUGCCGUUGUUUGUGGGGCUCUUGUACUCCAACUCGUUGGAGGUCAAGGAACAGGCAAUCUGGGCGUUGGGUAAUGUUGCCGGUGACUCCUCUGCCUACAGAGACUACGUGUUACAGUGCAACGCCAUGCCACCGGUGUUGAACUUGUUCGGCUCCAACAAGAUGACCUUGAUCAGAACUGCCACUUGGACUUUGUCCAACCUUUGUCGUGGAAAGAACCCACAACCGGACUGGAACGUUGUGUGCCAGGCCAUUCCAACCUUGGCCAAGUUGAUUUACUCUGUCGAUACUGAGACCUUGAUUGACGCCUGUUGGGCCAUCUCUUACUUGUCUGAUGGGCCGCCAGAGGCAAUCCAGUCCGUUGUCGACGCCAGGAUCCCAAAGAGAUUGGUCGAGUUGUUGGGCCACGAGUCCACCCUCGUCCAGACCCCAGCCUUGAGAGCUGUCGGUAACAUUGUCACCGGUAACGAUGUGCAGACCCAGGUUGUCAUUAACGCUGGUGUAUUACCAGCCUUAUCUCCGUUAUUGAGCUCGCCAAAGGAGACCAUCAGAAAGGAGGCCUGUUGGACCAUUUCCAACAUCACCGCUGGUAACACCCAGCAGAUCGAUGCCGUCAUCGAAAACAACUUGAUCCCCCAGAUCAUCAGAUUGUUGGCUACUGGUGACUACAAGACCAAGAAGGAAGCCUGUUGGGCCAUCUCCAACGCCUCUUCUGGUGGUUUGACCAAGCCAGACCAGAUCAGAUACUUGGUCUCCCAGGGCUGCAUCAAGCCGUUGUGCGAUUUAUUGACCAUUGCGGACGCCAAGAUAAUUGAGGUCACCUUGGACGCCUUGGAGAACAUCUUAAAGAUGGGUGAGAUGGACAAGGAAGCCCGCGGUGCUAACGUCAACGAGAACGCCUUGUACAUUGAGGAGGCCGGUGGUAUGGAAAAGAUCUUUGACUGCCAGAAUAGCGACAAUGACAAGAUUUACAACAAAGCUUACUCCAUCAUGGAGAAGUACUACUCCGGUGAAGAUGAAGGCAUUGAUGACGGUUUGGCCCCAGAGGCCAACGGUGAGACGUUUGGUUUCGGUGUCCAACAACAACCUCAAGGUGGGUUCCAAUUCUAA